UUUUCGGCCCUCGUUUCUUCUCGCCGCUUCUCACGCAUCUGCUGGCCCCAAGAAGCCUGGAUCUCGUCCAUUUGGAAACUCGUAUUCACAUUCAAGAAGCUGCCAUUUCCCUUCGGUUUCAACAUCUCCACAUUAUCAUCAGUGUCCAGUAUCGCCACAGGCCCAAUUAGUCCCCGCGCACUACACGGCGCUAACACGUUCUCCUCCCCAGCAAACAACCACGCUUCCGGACAUUCUUUCCUACCCUGCCUCUCCGCCGAAUCCUCAGAACUACGUCUUCCCCCCACAUGGCGCUUCCGGGGCUCAAGCGCAAGUGGAACUGGGCGGACUCGCUGCGCCAAGCCACGUCCAUCACGGCUCUCCCUGACGACUGGCCGUCUCCGCCGCCCCGAAGCCACCCGCAGCGCGAUCCGCAACUAAGAGCGGAGUUCCGUCUUCCUUCCACCGUGUCGCCUCUUUCUAAGAGGCCGAAAUGGUCUUCUGACGAAGGCUCUUACCUCCCGCAACCGCAUGGUUCCGUUCCUUCAUCCGCCGCCGUUCCUGACUUCAUGAAUAACGGGGUUCCUGGCGCGGCGCGUGUCUCCGAAUCGCCCCACCCGCCCGCGGACUCUGGCGGCGAUGGCGCUCGACUCGCGAGUCGGGAGACGCCGAGUCGGCUGAUAAGAGGCGCCACGUCAUCGGACGCGGGACCGCGUGGACGCACCACCGCGGCGGCGGCGGCAGCGCAUGGCGCAGCAACCGCGGCAGCCGCAGCUUCCGGCGGCAAGCAAAUUCUGCGAACUGCUGCGACGGCGCCAUCGCAUGGCGCAGCAACCGCCGGUGAAACCGGCGAUGCCGCGGAUCAGGCGACGCUCGGAAAAGGAACGGAAACAGGGACGGCACGCGGUGGCAGGCUUGGAGCAGGAACGGCAGCGCCGGAAAGCAGGAUGGGCGCUGUGACCCUGCUGGUGCACAUGGUGCUCGCGCAGCUGAGCGUGAGUCAGCGACGACAGGAGGCGACACCUGCGACGAAUGCGACAAUGGCGACGGCACCGACGACCCCUUGUGGCGGUUUUCCGAAUGCCGCCACUUGCGGAGAUUCAGUCACUGUGAAGAGGUGCCGCGUCAACCUGCCGCCGCAAAUCCCGGCCGCCAUAGCCGCUACCGGUACGACUACAAGCACAACCAUCGCGGAAAAUCCGCCGCCGAAUGCGGGACUUGAGGCGGGGGCAAACGGCGCCGCCGCUCGCGGGCAUGCUGCACGCGGCACACCGCCGGUAGCGCGGCCACUAGUAGUACCAGCACUACCUCCCGUCGCUGCCAGCCCCCUUGGCAGCGCCUCCGCCGCCGCCUCUCCACCUGCCACUUCGGCUCAAAACCGGACCGUGCAGGGAAGUCCCUUCUUGGCGGCUGGUUCCUGCGGUGCUGCUCCGAGCGGGGAGCAUAGAACAGCUGCGAAUCCUAAACUGAGCGGUGCUCAGUUCCCACCCACUCACACCGCCACAGCUUCUCGACCUGCUGUGCCCGACGCCCCCGCUACAACCACCCAUGAACUUGCUGCUGCGAGUAAUCGGGCGCCCGCGUUCCUUCCCCCUCUGGCUGCGGGCAAGAGGACGGUGUCAGUGCCGGCGUCUUUGCUGGGCAAGGUUCAAGUGCUGACGGCGCUGCUGCGAGCGCGGGGACUGGAAGAGAAGAACGCAGUGGCGCUGGCGAUACUCGUUGCUAGCAGUGGCGCCACUGCUGUUGCUGCUGUUGCUGCCGCUGGUGCUGGCGCUGCUGCUGCUACUGGUGCUGGUGCUGCUGCUGCUGCUGCUGCUUCUUCCAAUAAGUGGACGUGCCUUCCCCCUCUGGCGCCUCGGGGGAGUUCAACGCGGGGAGAUGCUCCAUCACCCGUCAGGCAAGGUCACCAAGGGAAGCCCCAGCAGUUGCCACAGCAGAAGCAGCAGCAGCAGGGCCAGCAGCCGCGAUUGUUGCAGCAGCAGCGGCAGUACUGCCUGACUACCCGGGUUCCACAGCCGCAAUUCCAUCACAAGCGGAAGCAGGCGGAGGAGUGGCAGCAUGUGCACCAGCUGGACGUGAAGCAGCAGCAGCAGCAGCAGCAGCAUUGCACGCAGCAGAAUAAAGUUCCGCACAAUCGACUGCAGCAGCACGAACUGCAACAGCCGCCUCAGACUCCACCCCAGCGGGGGUUGCUGCAGCGGCCAACGAACCUCCCUCGUCCCCGCCACCCUCACCCCAAGCCUCGGCCACAGCUGCGGCAGCAGCAUCAGGAGCAGCAGCAGCACGCGGGUGUGAGCCCACCAGGCACUCCGCCAUCGGCUGUAGCGGCAAAAUCUGAGCAUCCGUGCAUGCACAGCCCCUGCAGUAGCUCCAGUACAAGCCCCACGUACCGUGCAAGGGGCGGCAGCUGCAGCAACGGCAAGUGGGUGGUAAGACUCAGUAGGAAGGGCAAAACCUCGUCUGGAGGAUCGGCGAGUCAGGCUCGGCGAGUGAGACGCUUGGGAAAUGCUGCUUGCACUGCAGCCGCUGGUGGGGGAAACCCAGGAAAAGAGACGGUGGAGGGCAGGGUUCGGCAGACAUGUGCUCCUGCUGCUACCAAGGAACCUGCAGCUGCUGUGCCCGGUUCAGUUGCAGCUACUGCCAGUCCUCCUGCGGCUGCCAACGCUACUGCUGCUGCACCCUCGGUCGCUGCACCUGCUGCGAGCUCGCCACUCCUGCUGCUCGCCAAUGCGCUGCCACCGCCGGACCUGGAGUUGUGCCACCAUGAGCCAAACCAGUUCGAGCAGAACCAAGCAGCAGGAGCAGCGACACAGAAGCAGGGGCAGCAGGGGCAGAGGCAGAAACGCAUGCGCAUGGGAGGAGGGACACACGAGGAUGAGACGACAGAAAUCGAUGAGGGAGGAGGGGAGAUGAGGAGGCGGGUAGAGGGGGGUUUGGGGAUGGGGAUGGGGAUGGGUGUGGGUGUGGUUGAGGAGGUGAGUGGGGAGAGUAGCAGUGCACUGUCCUCCUUGGCUCUGGUUGUGGAAGCCAUGAGCAGUGCCAGUGAGAAGGGCGAAUGAGAAGAGGAAGAACACAUUUUUUUAGGCUAAAUUUUAUUUUAUUAUUUCUUGUUAAAUUGUUGAAUAAAGCUUGAUACCGUAA